CUUAAAUUCGUUUGAGAAAUGGACAAAUAUUCGCUAACGAAGAGACGACUUUCUGCGCCGGUGACAGUUCACAGUCCGAAAAAGUUAUUGAAUGGAAUUGUAUUCAGGCGUGCAUAACUGCUACAUCGGGUGAUUCAAAGUACAUCAAAUAUAUCCGGACAAUCGCAUAGAAAUUAUAUAUCAACUUAUUUUGAAUGCGAAUCGCGCCUGUAUCUUGACUGCGAAGACAAAGAACAGGUGGAAUUGAUGACUGUAGCGUACUUAUCAUAAAGCGCCGCAAUUAUCUCCAACCACUCUGUGUUGAUUGUUCGGAUGUAAAUAUAAUGUUGUAAAAACGAUUCAUUCAAUUGCAUUACUUUGGCGCGCUUCGCUUUAAGGAGUAGCUGUUGCAUAGUACAUGAGGUUACACGAUUGAAUGUUGUGCUCUCUAUUACAGUUCCCAGUAUUCAAUCAGUAAUGUUAAACCGUCCUUAAAAACAGGUAUCUUUCAACUAUAUUAAGAACAUUUGUUUUACAAUUAAGAUGCCAUAUUUCGUGUCUAUUAUUUGCCCUUUACCGAAGUGACUACAACUUCGUUCUGUGCUAAGGGACAGUCGUUUCAAGCAAUGCUUAAAGACAAUGCAGGAAGUGAAAUUCGAAGCACUAAGUAUAAAGUAAGUACCGCAGUGUCGUGCGUUUUUUACCUGUCUAACUGUACAACUUAGCCCAUAUUGACAAUCCUCAACUAUACUGUGUCGGUUUACAUAUUGGUUUGUCAAUGUUUCGAAGUACAUCGAGCGUCAGAGGUGUCUUUAACGAGCAUCUACGAUCACGUAUCGGCCUCCAACUGUAUCGAUAAUAUAGCCCUUAUCUAUGUACUCUUCAUAAAUAUCCGUUUAACAAACGCGAGUAUGUCUGUGUAUAGUUGAAUAAAUAAAUAUAAAAUAGUAUGAAGUGUGGGUGUAGUGUAACAAAUAAUGGGCAUUGACCCUACCGGAAUGCCCCUGACUGCCUUAACAGCCAGUGCAUGCCGACAAUCUCCUACCGCCGGUAUCUAUUAAUCAAUAAGCACCGAACUUAGUCAUUACAUAUAUAUAUAUAUAUAUAUAUGUAAUGGCUAACUAAAAAGCAGUCUCCACGAGGGGAGCGUGCCAAAAAUUGCGGUCUAGAAUCAAGUUGUGAGGAAGUAAUAAUGGUGCCGAAAUACCUUAUAGGUUGUGUAGGCGGUACUGUGUUAAUAGAAUUGGCCUAAUAAGUCAAUUCUCUGGUACGAAUUAAUUUUUGGCCAGUAGCAGCAACGUUUCAAUAAACGAUUUUCCAGUAAGUUAGGCAAGUGUGUGAGAUCUGCCAAAUAGUUCUUGUUAAGUAUCAAAGCAGUUCGGUCCGUAACAAAACACCACAAGCCGCCAAAGUAUAUACCGAGUCGUGACUUGUAAUUGACAAAUAUACUUUGGCAUAUAUUAAUCAUAUUUUUAUUUACAUUUUUUAUAUAUUUUUGUAGGAGUGCAAAUCAUUUUUCCUAUUUGUGUUUACCUUACGGAAUACUACUUGAGCAUUGCGAGGCGCACGCAUUUUGCUAUGAACCUGAAGAUGUGUGUGCUGAACUAGUUUUUUUCAGAGGAAAUUCUUUCACCUCGAUGCUGGUACCGAAUGUUCUAACGUCAUCUUUUUAGCACACAGUGACGCAGGCAGGCAGUCACAGAUUAAUAAGGGCGCAUUUUGCUGAUAGGCAAACUUACCUUUCACAUUUCGCCUCUGUGAUGACAAGGACGGCGUGUCGGCUCUUUGAGCUACUAAAGAUUGUACAGGGUAUUUGCAUCGACCUACUGUGUAUGUGUUUGUUUAUGUCACUCUUUUACGUCUUCCGCUGUAAGCUAUGCGUGGCACAAGCCCUCAACGUCUGCCUUAUCUCUUAGGAGGAGCAGGGACCCCGCCUUUCGGCAUGCAGAGGGGUUCAUUGUCAAGAGUACCGGAUAAAAGGGAAAACCGACUGGAGGCACUCGAAAGAGUUACGUUCUCUGGGGAGUCACGGAGGGUUGAGAGCCCCUAUUAUAAUCCCGACGCCGCAGGCAAAGCAAGGGAACCGUUUUUUCCAAGCGUUUUCCACCAGAUCUGCAAGCUGGGACAAGGUAGCUUCGGAGAAGUAUACAAGGUCCGUUCAAGAGAAGAUGGGCACUUGUACGCAGUAAAGCGCAUAGGACAGGAAUUCACUAAUGAGCACGUUCGGCGCACUGUUACGCGUGAAGUUCAAAUAAUGGAAAGGAUACCCCCUCACCCAAACAUUGUUGGCUUAAAAUACGCUUGGCAGGAAAACCGCGUGCUUUAUAUUCAAACAGAGCUAUGCGCGAUGGAUCUUAUGACGCAUUUGAAACAUCUCACUGAUGGGGAUCCCAAUGAUUAUCCAGAUCCAAGACCCACAGCGCCGGAGAAAGUGCCCGAGAGCCUUUGUUGGGCGGUAUUAGUUGAUUUACUUCAGGCUGCGGAAUAUUUGCAUAAAUUGAGGCUAAUUCAUCUGGACAUCAAGCCGGAUAACACGUUCCUCGGUUUACGAGACGGUUGUUUUAAACUCGGCGAUUUCGGUGUAGCAAAGGAUGCAGAUGAACCGGGUUUAAUGGACGAUGAAGGUGAUGGUCGAUAUUUAGCUCCAGAGGCGCUUAACGGAGUAAUUACCGAACUAGCUGAUGUCUUUGCGAUUGGAUGUACAGUUGCACAGAUGGCAUUAGGUCUCAUCCGUCCGAAGCACAGAAACUACGGAGACAACUGGUUAGAGCUCAAGACAGAGCCAAACAGUUGGACCGCAAACGAGUCGCUCGCACGUGACAUACGAAUCUAUUGCCUGCUUGGUAAUCAUAUUUUUACAGUGAAAAGCCAGGAUCUCUGGGGGGUUUUGAAAUUGAUGUUGGCCGAGGAUCGAGUACGGCCAUCUGCGGCAGCUCUCCUUGAGAGUCCGAUCGUGCAUCAGCAUAGGCAAGCGCGACAACAACAGUUAGCGCGGGACCGAGUCAUAUCACGUGUUCGAGGAAUAGUUUCAAAUGUCGUCCAAAUGUUGAGUAGUUUCCUACCCGUGGACGUUGUAUCAAAGGUGCGGGCUGUUUUACCAAGACAACAGCAAGAGCACGCACAACCUCAGCAACAAGCACCGUCCAGGAGAUCGCUGUUCCCACCUGCUCCAGUUACACCACGGGCAAGCAUACGAGAUCCUCGUAGCGCACGAAGAAGCUCUGACCCUUUACGCAACAAAGGGUUUGGAGUGCGCGAAACGCCAGAUUCGGAUGAUGAAAGUAGUGCGGCUCCAAUCAACCUUUCCGGGGCUUUCGCUGAUGAAGCAUGAAGUCAUUCUGAUCAAGAGUGCAAAGGUUAUGCGACGGCGGGCUGACUGAGCUCACCACCAGGACUGAGCAAUCUCAGAUAAGACUGAGUGGCAUCACAAAUCGUUUCUUAUACUUUGUAUCUAGCUUUCCACUUUGUCACGUGUAGCUCGACCUCAUUUACACUCGCAGAGUGGAACAAUUCUUACUACGCAGAAAGGUUAUUAUUGACAGGUUAAAGGUUUAUGACUGAAAGGAUGUAAGAUAUUUCGACAACGGCAUACUGAGGUCUAUAUUGGGGUCUUGCAUACGCCUUAAUACAGGUCUUGUAGAAGACUGUCAACAUCUGGUUUAGGUCCUAACAGACCUCAAUAAUGGACUCUCAAGCUUCCAAGAGGACUUGAUACCUCGUAAGUUCUCGUAAGGUACCGUACGAAUCCAUCAAGCGUCACAUGCUCCGUAUGAAAAUUAAUUGCUGUUAAAGUAAAAUAUCAAUGAACGAAACAUUAAACCGGGUGUAUCCUGGGAUGAUGGUUGACAUCGAUAAAUCGACUUGUUUUAUAACACACACGACGCUAUUAUCUGUUUGAGGUCUGACACCUACUGUUUCUUUUAAUACGUCUUAAAACGUAUCGUUAUUUCAUACGAUUCGAAUAAGAGCAGUUUGACUUUGUUCGCAGUUGCGAAUAGCGCCAUGUCGUCCUCAACAUUUAAAACACAUUGUGAUUUGAUACAGAAACUAUCAUAACUGAAGUGGUUUCUGUCUUUUCUCUAUAUUGGUCUGUUCGUUUUAGGUGAUACUAAUGUGGAGCUGACUCUAGGCAGAACUCCAAAACUUAAAAGGCCAUUAAAUCCUUUCGUUGGUUCAUGUCCAGAUUGUGCAUCUAGCAAGAAAUCGAGCUCAAGUACUUUUGGCAGGAAUUUAAGAGGGAAGGAACCAGAUGUCGUAAUCAACUUUAAUUUGAAACAGUAAAAUUAAAAAACCGUUGUUUAAGGCGCAUAUUCACGUACGUUUAUCGAUUAACAUUUAUUGUGUGAUUGCGUAGUGUAGAGAAGGAUGUAAUUUAGAUAUUUACCUAUAUAUCAAAUAGAAGCUAAAACAAUAGGCUGGGCCCAGCUAAUAUUGUAUAAUUAACCAAAGCAUUGCGGUAAUUAAUAAUAGUAAAAAUAAUAAGCAAAUUCUAGAAUGGAUCAGCAAAUACAGUCAUAUUAAAGGCGGCAUUUGUCAACGCUAACCUCACAGGAUGAGAAGAGAAGCACUGCUUGUGAAAAGUCGAUGAUCUUAUGGGGUUCUCCUGCCUUUAAAAGCAAAACUUCCAUAUGACGCGCUGUGAUUCUAAUAUAUUGAAUGCAUGUAUGUAUGGGUAUAUAAGAAAAAAUAGGUAUUACCAUGUGGUCCGAAGAGAUGCAAAAACAGCUGUACAUUUUACAACUCCCGGUCGGAUAGAUAGGUAUACGUGAAUACGUAUGAUCAUAUGUGUGAGUCAUGUUCGGUCAGUUACCAUACUCGUAACGUUGACAUAACCUUUAUUUAUUGGUUUAGGUAAAGUGUCACAUGCUUUGUAGGGCCACUAUACGUAGUGACGAGUAUGAUGUUCUUGCAAAAUGUUUUUGACAGAUUUACACCUAUGCUGUCCUCCUACAUGUAGGUGUAUGGGCUAAUUUACAACAUAACAAAUACGAUGAACCUAAGAAACAAUUGUAUGUCACAUAUAUGCUCUAUAUGAAUCGAACCAGUUGACUUGGUAGGUAAUACCAGUGGGUACCUACCCUCCUCCACAUUUGCGCCCUCGCUUCGAAAGUUUAUCUCCGCUAAAUCGCAGGGUGACAACUGGCUGUACCUAGUAUUCGCCGCCCAGGAAAUACGCCAGUAUAGCAGUACUUGUACCGUUUAUCGUCGUGCAGAUUCAUAAUUGGAACGUCGGUCCCUGUGUAUCCGCGUGUUGCCAUGUAUUGUUUCGAAAGCAAACACUUCGAUUGAUACACGGUUGAGUAUGUAUGUUUGAAGCGGUAAUAAGCGCAUCCUUCUCCGGUCUGGAGAGAAGUGUGCUAUGCCUGCAAAUAUUCUCGAUUUUAGUUGUAACGGUCAAAAUAGUUGUUUCGUUGUUUCUCAUGAAAGAAGUCAUUUUGUUGGCUGUAGCGUACAAGGUGCAAAACUCGUAUCAACUACGAUUGCGGUCAUAAGUAGCGUGCGAGCAUAGACAGACUUCGUUUCGUGAUGGGAGCCAGCCGUCUGAUAAAAUGUCUAACGGCGAUGCCCAAUGUAAAAUUCGAAACAUAGAGGUGAUGAGCGGCCGCCACAUGGACUGGACGUUGCUAACUAACUUCAAAGCUGUAUCCAUUAUAGUGAGGCUUUAAUUCUGUUGUAUAACAGCAUAUUGCUUCUCUAUCAUGUCAUCUUUAGUUCGAUCGAAUUCUCUGCAGGUGAGUUUUGUACGUUUCCCCCUGUAGUUGAAUGUCCAUGAUACCCACAGAUUUUAGAAAAACAAGUGGUUUCGAAACGCCGUUUUGCUUGUGCAUAGUGGUUCGUAACGUCUAGACAGUUAAUCAGCAGACGGAACAAAUAUGUUCCUCUGAGAGCUGGUGAGGCUAAUGUUUUGAGAAGAAGGGCACAGAGAAAUCGACGCAAAGGUUUGUUCGCCGUUCAACCUACCGAGGAUACGGAAACACGGCAAGGUCGACCGCGCUGUCUGUGCAGAUGUAACAUCUAUUGUGAUGCCCAAGUAAAAGUAAAAUGCUCGUAUAUAUUAACAGUGAGAAAUUUUUCUAUAUUUAGUUUUCUCUAACCCGUCAAGUAUGGUUCCUGAAUCAAAUUUGCACAGAGUUUCUGACACCUGUAUAUUGUAGUUCUGUUGGUAUCGUAUGAAGUUAGGCAGGUCAUUGUGUGGUGAUCAAAAGGUCGACCGCAUUAUACGUCCUCGGGAAAGACUUCAAUGCGGUUUCUUACGAGGUCCACUGUGCUCCGGAUGCGUUAAAACCCCGUUUAAUUUUGUUCUUCCGAUAUAGCAUGGACGAGCGUAAUGAGUAAGAGUGAUGAACUGGCAGGUUAUAGAACGCUCGAAUAUAUCAAGUUUGCGGUGACAAACGUUAAAUAAUCACAAAUGACGUGUUUCGCAGGAAAGCCUUUGAUUACUAAAAUGAUAGGUUUUUUUAAGUUGUUCUGCGUGUUCCACUUCAUACUCUUGAGAAAUGUCGAUGUGUUUCUAUGGGUAUAAGUUCAGCCUAGAUAAGAUGAUCACCAGGUAAAAGAUUAUGUAGCAAUUAUUUCCUUUUCGAGUUUUUGAUCAUUUUGAAAUUGAGAAUCGACGCAAUGUUACUAGGGCAAACGAAACUGCAUAUGAUUUCAGUAAAACAUGACGGAUCGCUUAAAGUCGAAGCGCCACUUUAUUGCAAAGAUGACCUGAUGGAUGAAUGAAUUGAGUGGCAAAUACAGUCACAUCGUAUUCGCCUAUUUCACCUAUUUCAUUUUACUUGAAAGGUCUUUCAAAGGUUCAAGAUUCAGAGAUCCUUUGUUCUUGAUGGUAUAAUGUAGCUAUGAAAUCCGACCAUUGUCCGUACGUAGAAUUGCACUGUACAAGUGAAUUGAAAUAGCGCAAACAGUUUUGGCUUAGAAAACCUUGAUUUACUGAUACAUUUGUUAAGUAUAUACAUGAAAAUUAGCUCAUCCAAAUUAGCGACGCUCCGGAUUUAGCAUCGAGAAAUCAUUUUUUGGUGACUUAACUACCGCUGCAGCAGCGAAUAAGGACCGGUGUUAACUGUAUGAAAAAUAUGUAUUGAAAAAUUGAGAGCAUAUCGGCAAAGUUAAUGGAAUAUAUUACUGUUAUGGAGUAAUCUAAUAAUAUUAAUAAUAAAUAAAGAUAAUAAAAACUGA